AUGGAGUUAAUUAAGCAAGGACAUGAAGUUACAGUGAUAACUACAGAUCCUCAAUUUAAAAAUGACACUGCUCCGAAAAAUUUAAGAGAAAUUGACGUCCACGAUAUCUCAUACAUGGUUAUGAAGGAUUUCACUCUUACUGUUACCGGAAGUGACGAUGAUUUGACGAAUCAAAUUAUUGCAGUGACUAAAGAUAUUCAGCAAUAUCUGGAUGCUUCACAAAACGGUGUCAUUUACUUCAGUUUUGGAACCAACGUUCUACCAUCUUCUUUAUCUCAAGAAAAAAUUAAAAUAUUUGAAAAUGUUUUCUCACAACUUCCAUAUAAUGUUAUAUGGAAAUGGGAUAGUGAUGAAAAAUCCGUAAAAUCAAAAAACAUAAAAAAAUACAAAUGGCUACCACAAUCAGAUCUUUUGAGACAUCCAAAUGUGAAAUUAUUUAUAACUCAAGGAGGUUUACAAUCGACAGACGAGUCGAUCACUGCUGGUGUACCACUUAUAGGCAUACCAAUGUUAGGAGACCAGUGGUAUAAUGCAGAAAAAUAUGUUCAUCAUAAAAUUGGUAUCAAGCUUUCCUUAGAAAAACUUACUGAAAAUCAAUUGAAAAAUGCAAUAAUAGAAAUAAUUGAAGAUAAAAGUUAUCGUGAAAACAUCAUACGACUCCGCUCCUUAAUGCAAGAUCAACCGCAGGCGCCCCUGAAUCGUGCUGUAUGGUGGAUAGAAUACGUACUGCGACACGGCGGAGCUAAACACUUGCGAUCACCAGCUGCAAAUAUGUCGUGGAUUGAAUACUAUGAAUUAGAGCUUGUCUUUAUACUUCUAUCUAGUAUUUUGAUAUUUAUAGGAUUAAUAACUUUUCUCAUAAAAUUUUCAAUAUCGUGUGCUUCUAAAUAUGUAAAAGAAAAACUAUCGUAA